AUGUUAAAGAUCAGACAAUUACAAAAGAAGAAACAGGAGGAAGCAGAAGCGUUGGCCCGAGCCAACUCUUCUACACCUCCUGGAGAACCGCAAGUAGGAAAAUCGGAUGUCAAUGCAAAAGUCACUGCUGCUCAGAUCAGGCUACAGAAGGACAUCACCGAACUCGAUCUUCCAAAGACCAUAGCCAUUACUUUCCCCGAUCCAAAUGACUUUUUCAACUUCUUUCUUCAGAUAUCACCCCAACAAGGCUACUACAAGGGUGGCAAGUUCAGGUUCAAAAUCGAAAUUAAUAACAACUUUCCGAUGGAGCCUCCCAAGAUCAAGUGUCUCAACAAAAUCUACCAUCCCAACAUCGAUGCCGCAGGCAACAUCUGCCUUAAUAUCUUGAGAGAGGACUGGUCGCCGGUGUUAAAUUUGAACUCGAUCUUGAUUGGAUUGAAUUUCUUGUUCUUAGAGCCAAACCCCAAUGAUCCAUUAAACAAAGAGGCCGCAAAUGUCUUGGUGAGAGAAAAGGAACAGUUCAGGAGGAAUGUGGGAAUGGCUAUGCGAGGUGGAUAUGUCGAAGGUGAGUAUUAUGAUAAUGUGUUAUAG